UCUCAACCUUGUUCUCGAAAAUCAAUCUUUCACUCUGCACCGUCAUAUUAUAAUCCACGUCUAAUGGCGCCAGACAUCACUCGAGCCGCUGUCGCUGCUGCCAAGCCUGAUGGGGACGCGACAAGGCCCGCCGCCUCGCAGAGCCGAGCGUACGUGACGUUCCUUGCGGGGGACGGCGACUACGUGAAGGGGGUGAUAGGGCUGGCCAAGGGGCUGAGGAAGGCCAAGAGCAAGAACCCACUCGUGGUGGCAACGCUGCCCGACGUGCCGGCCGAGCACCGCCGCAUGCUAGUGGAGCAAGGGUGCGUGGUGAGGGAGAUCGAGCCGGUGCACCCGCCGGAGAGCCACCGGACUGAGUUCGCCAUGGCCUACUACGUCAUCAACUAUUCUAAGCUUCGUCUUUGGGAGUUUGUGGAGUAUGGCAAGAUGAUAUACCUGGACGGGGACAUCCAAGUGUUCGACAACAUAGACCAUCUCUUCGACCUCCCGAGCGGCAACUUCUACGCCGUGAUGGACUGUUUCUGCGAGAAGACGUGGAGCCACACGCCUCAGAACCGGAUCGGAUACUGCCAACAGAACCCGGACAAGGUCCGAUGGCCCGAAGAACUCGGCCCGAAGCCUCCUCUCUACUUCAAUGCCGGCAUGUUCGUGUUCGAGCCGGACCUCAACACUUACCGUGACCUGCUCCACACCGUCAAGAUCACACGGCCUACCCCUUUUGCUGAGCAGGACUUCUUGAACAUGUACUUUAGGAAUGUGUACAAGCCGAUCCCGGUGGUCUACAACCUCGUCAUGGCCAUGCUGUGGCGCCACCCCGAGAACUUCGUGCUCGACGAGGUCAAGGUGGCUCACUACUGCGCAGCUGGGUCCAAGCCAUGGCGGUUCACGGGCGAGGAGGCCAACAUGGACAGGGACGACAUCAAAGCGCUGGUCAAGAAAUGGUGGGACAUCUUCGACAACGAGUCGCUGGACUACAACAACUUUGCGGGCCAAGACCACGCCCUGCCCGCAGACUUGCAGCCCUUCCUGGCGGCGCUGCCAAAGGCUGGGGUCCGCGAUUGUUUCUCCGCUCCGUCCGCUGCUUGAUUAUAAGCUCGUCGCGGGUGUUUAUUAAGUUCGUGACGCGAGUUAAAAGAUGAUUAAUUUAAUUAUGCUUAUGAUGCUUAAUUAAUUUUCUAAUUUGACUAGCAAGGCCCUUGUUUUGUAAGGGAAGGAGUCUGGGAUAGACAAUAUUCUA